GCCAUCCUCACACUUCGAACUCGGCGGCAUUGUAUAAGCGUCUCGACCUUGCGAUUCCUGUCACUAUGGCGAGCUACUCAGAGGCUCCGGUCGCCCAGAAGAGACGGCGUGUGGGCUCGCAGAUGAAUAAAGCGAAUGCUACUAGCAGAGCUACUCGACGGAGCAAUCGCAAACGAACCGACAAUCAACCCUCCGUAGCAGAAGAGGUCCGUUUGCUCUAUUGUUUUCGCUAUCGGAAAUAUCCAACAUGGCGGAGCAGUUUUCGAGCCCACGACAGGCUCAGGAAGGACCUGUCAAGACAAAAAAGUACAUUCACGAUCUCGGAGUUUCAUUGAUUGAGAAGCCUGCGGAGGAUCCUUCUGCACAGGCUGGGAAGCCAAAGCGACGUCGGGAAGACGAAGUCACCCCCGCUAACAUUGCGCUCGAGAGGUCCCCUAAACGUACACGAACGGUUUGGAGGACACUCAGCGACGCUCGAGUUGACUACUGGAGAGAGAACGGGACUUGGCCAAAUCCUGAGCAAGAAGAGACAAUGGAUCGUUUUCAAGAGCCGAUCAAGCCUGCGCUGGCCAAAAAAAAGUCAUCAAACUCGCUUCGUCGUAAACGGUCAGAAGCGAGCAUCAACGCGGAAACAAUUCUGACACCAUCAUCGAGUGAUCAAGCCCCACGGGAGCUAAAGAGCGCUACAUACCGGUAUCUUCGUUAUGAGAGCCGGCUCAGCGAGCGCGGUAGCUUCAUGGCUAAGUACAAAAAUAUCAGCGUGGAGAGCAGAGAGCUUUGCCGCAAACUUCUGGAAUCGCCGCAAACUCCCCCAAAACAUACAUUAUUUGACGAUGAUCUUUUUGAAGAAACUUUGGAAUUGAUCAAGGGCAGGAAUGAGACCAGGAUCAUUCGUGACAUUGCGCAGCUGAUUGUCCCUCCUGCCGAACUUUUAGCAAUGCGUGGCUCCAAGCAUCUAAAGAUUCUCCGAGAGACAACCAACGCCGGCUGGAACAACGCUAUCCCAUUCUACGGACCCCGUCCACAACCAGAUUACGGUCUGGGAUUCAAGCGUCAAGCUUUUACUAAAGAACAACUGCAAAAGCUUCAGCCCUUUAUCGGGAACGACAUGGAAGAAUGCUCGUAUUUUGCAGCCACAGAUGACAUGUACUUCCCAUUCUUGACCAGCGAAGUGAAGUGCGGAGCAUCCGCGCUUGAUAUUGCUGAUCGACAAAAUGCUCACAGUCAGACUGUCUUAUCGCGCGGUCUCUUUGAGCUCUUCCGCCUUGUGGGUCGAGCGAAAGAGCUUGACAACACUAUCAGUGGCUUCUCGUACUCGCACAGUGACGUGGACGUGCGAAUUUGGGCACAUCUGAUUGUCACGAAUGGGGACGACGUUAAGUUCUACCGGGAGCCGAUUGCGAAAUUUGACAUCGAAAAGACGAUACAAGCAGAUAAUAGAUGGAUCGCAUGGACUGUUACUAUGAACAUUCUUGAUUUGUGGGUGGCUGAUCAUUUCAGAUUGAUCUGUUCCGCUGUAGACAUGUUACCCGCAAAGUUGGACUUCGACGUUUCUGAACUCUCGGAUUCCGACCGCACACAUCCAGAACCAGUGUCAUCACAAUCAGGAAUACCCCAACAAGCUAAAGAUUGUAGCACGGCUGGUCCUCGAGCCGUCCCGGACGGUUCGCCGGAUAUUCAACAGAUGACUCCCACCACAACCAUUCAAUCGAAGUCUAGUAACUCCAAGAAGAAAAAGACAAAGUAAAGGCAUUACGCUCUUCAUCUGAACCGAAUUCACCUGCCAUGCUAUCAUGACAUUGAUUAGGCUAUGCUCAUAUGGGUUGCGAUAUAC